AUGAACGUUUGGAAGGAUGCUGCCCUAAACAAGGACGCGCCUGAUCAACCGGGAUUUGACGACACAGUCAAAGCACAAGCUCUAAAGAAGCUCAUCGCGUCAGUUCCGGCAGAGUUCAAAAAAUCUGCGCAAUUGGACCGGGAUAAUCUCCUUGCUGCUACCAAACAGUUCACUGGGAAGGGAGCAGUCAGGGCCAAUGGAGCAAGCGGAUGGUCGCUUAAGGGUUUCAAGAGCUCCCUCACCAGCUAUCAAGUUAUUGGUGCAGGAUUUAUGCGUGCCAGGGAGACUGGUGGAGAUGAACCACGGGGAGGCAUAUGUGCAGACACCAUGGGCUUUGGCAAAACCGUCAUGUCUUUAGCAGUUUUUACCAACGACAAGGUAACCGAGGGCCCCCGAGGCACCCUUAUCGUUGUACCGUCUUCUCUCGUCGGUCAAUGGUACAACGAAUGCUUCAAGCACAUCAAACGUAAGGUUACCAUUCACAGACAGGUUGGGGAGUAUAAGCUGGAGGGUGAGGCGGCUGAAACGCAACUACAAACGUUCGACAUCGUCAUCACAACUUACCACGAGGUAAUGUAUUCUUACCCGAAGACAGAGACGCCUGUUGAGUUACAAACCAGCGAGGAGAAACAGGAAUGGUGGUCUAAGCAUUUCGAGGAGUUCAAGGGUCCUCUACAUCGCGUUCAUUGGAACAGAUGCAUUUUGGACGAAGCCGCCUGCAUCAAGAACUAUCAGUCACGUACUUCUCUUGCCUGCCGCGCCCUUACAGCAGAUAAGAGAUGGGCACUCAGUGGCACGCCUAUCAUGAACAGCUGCACCGAGCUGUACCCCUAUUUCAAAUUUCUCCGCUGUCCCUACACAGGCAGUUUUAAACUGUUCAAGCAAAACUACUAUGGCGAUGAACCUGAGAAAUUCCAGCGCCUGAUGUUGAUGCUCAACAAGUUCAUGCUCAGACGGACUCAUCGGGAUAUUUUAUUCGGUGCGCCUAUUUUGAAGCUUCCAAAGGGUGACCAGCGCAUAUUCUGGGUCCAGUUCAACCCUCUCGAACGCGCGGUCUACAACAUCGUCAAGCAGCGUAUGAUCAAGAGAAUUAAUGCAAUUGCGCGCAAGGGCUUGAUCAAAGAAAAUUACUCUCACGUUCUCACGAUGCUUCUCCGCCUUAGACAGCUGACUGGACAUAUCCUGUUAGUCGAAUCGACUAUGCAAGACAUCCUUGACAAGUCCGAUCAUGAGCUGAUCCGCCAGUUGGCUGAGGACGAGGCGAAUUUUGAAGACGAACGAUCGGCGCAAAUGCUACAACUUCGGAAGCUCCUCAAGGCUUCCGCUUCCCAACCAGCUCAGGGCCAGCAACAGAUGCCGCCCGAUACGCCUCAACAGCAAGCGCAACAAGAUCAGUUGGCCUUGAUUGAUGCGGACAAAGAGGUUGGGCGUCAACACGGCCUUACUUACAAUUUUGGCAAGUACCUUGAGACGUUGCGCGAGGGUCAAAAGCUUGAAGAUCUUAAAGCUCGUUCACUCUGUGCCAGCUGCCGUCAGGUGCCCGCAAAGGCGUUCGUGACUUCUUGCUACCACAUUUACUGCAUGGAAUGCUUGGAGACGCUUCAACACCAGGCAGCUUCUCGUGGACGCAACAAAGCGCGUUGCUUGGAGUGUUCAAUCGAAUACAGCGGCACGGCACCGUGUGAUGACUUCACGCUUGACAGCAUCAUGUCGUCUGCUGAAUACGAAGACGAGGAAUUUCCCCCCGUAAAUCGGUGGAGGAAGAAGAAGGACGAGGCACAGCUGGUCAAGAACUGGCUCAACCUGCCCGGUCCGGUGCUCCCAUCGGCGAAAACCAUGGCGAUGAAGGCGCAGAUACUGAACUGGAUCGGCGAGAACCCGGACGUGAAGAUCAUCAUCUACUCGCAGUUUCUCUCGAUGAUCCGCAUCAUUGAAAAGGUUUGCGACGGCGAGAACUGGUUGUACGUCCCCUAUCACGGGCAGAUGAGCCACAGCGCGCGCGACAAAGCCAUUGAGACGUUCAAGAAGCCCGAGAUCCGCAUCAUGAUCGCGUCGCUGAAGUGCGGUGGCCUAGGCCUCAACCUGACAAUGGCCUCGCGCGUCAUCAGCAUCGACCCGUGGUGGAACUUGAGCGCGGAGAUGCAGGCCUUCUGCCGCGUGUUCCGCAUCGGCCAGGACCAGGAGACGUCGAUGACGCGCUUGGUCGUCGAGCAAACCGUCGACGCUGACAUGAUCGACAUGCAGGACCGCAAGCAGCGCGAGAUUGACCGCGUGCUCGAGUCGGACAACCGGACGCAGAAGAGACUCACGGUCCAGGACAUGAUGAGGCUGUUUGGGCCGGUUCAUGAGGAUGACGAGGGCCAUCCGUUCAUCAUCGCUGAGGAUCGCGACACCUUGCCCCGGUUCAACGCCGACAGUGAGGACGAGGGCGACGAGCAGUGA